ACGAAGCAUACUAACUCCAAGUUAUGAAUGAGGUGUGCUAUCUAUAGCUUGUAGGCGGGCCAACGUAGCAUGCAUACCUUCAGUUGCACAAUAUCGUCUCUGAUAAGAGAAAAUAUCACGUUAUCAGUGACGUCACACAAAGACGUGACAACCGAGCUAUGGUUCUUUAACUGGGGCACGUUGGGGUCUACGUUGAGUUCUGACGAGCAAACUGGCUACACAAUGUUGAUACUUACGCUGAUCUCAACGUUGUCGUUGAUGAGCAAUAUCUACGCCGAAUUCAACAACACUGCAGGAGCAGUAUUCAACACAACGUUGUUGAUAAACGAAACAGCAACACACGUUGUGUCACCUGUGUUUACUCAUCUCUAUGAUCGUAUUGAUUUUUCCGCUUGGUGGAACUUAAAAGCCGACAGACCAGACAUGAACAUCGUCUUCGCUAUAAGAAGACUGGGAAUGCACUUUCCUUCUCACUGCGCUUACAAUUCGUUAACCGUAUAUGACGGUCCAGGGACAACGAGUCCAAGACUUGCUGCUGUGUGUCAAUCACUUAGCGAUAAACAUCUAAUCAGUUCGGGGGAUACCAUGUUUAUUGAUACGCACUUUGAGUAUUUUAGAAACGAUGAAAUUUACGCCUUUGAUUUCUCAUCAGAAAAAGUUAAUAAAUCCUGCGGAGGUAUUCUUGUGGCUAAUUCUACAACCAACGAGCUAAUUUCACCAGGGUUUCCCCGAAGCUAUUUCAACCUUGAAACAUGUGAGUGGAUAAUACAAUCCCUGAACAUGUCCGACACCAUUUUAAUAGAUGUCAGAUCUGUGCGGCUACAACAGUCAAGCGACAUUUUGAAAAUAUUUCUCCAAAAUGAUACGUAUAAUGAGCAAUUGAUUAAAAACAUUUGUUCGAAUAUGACGCACACGUUUCAAGUUCAGAGCCCCAGGAAUACGAUAAGCCUGCGUUUCGAAACUGACAAUGAACUGGUGGGCGAGGGGUUUCGACUAACGUAUAGAGCUGUGCCAGAAUCUGUUUCGAAGAUGAAGGUCGAAGUUUUCGCUGGUGAACUGGAGUCACCGAGUUUCAUUUUUAUCAUCAUCAUCAUCAUCAUCAUCAUCAUCUCAUUUUUACAGUUAUGUCAGAUACAAAGGUAA